AUGGUUCACUCUCGAGGCACUCUCACUCGUCUGCCUCGCCCUCUCUCCUUCUCGCGAUGUUACACACACCGCACAUCCGCCUCGGCGAUUGCAGCCUCCUUCCUCUCCCGCACAGCGUCGGCUGGUCCCCAAGUCCAAACUCAGACUCUAGACGCCAACCAGCUCCAUCAACUGUAUCUGACUCUCGGGCGACCGUGUCCCUGGGAGCCAUCCAGGGGACCCCCCGAAGGCACUCCCAUCCCGCCAGGCUACCACCUCGUCUACUUCACGCCCCGGUCCGUCGAGGCCGCCCUCGGGCCCGAUGGCAGCGAUGCCUCGUAUAACACCGACCAUCCUUUUACGCGGCGGAUGUGGGCGGGCGGCGAGGUGGUCUGGGCCCGCGACGAGGCGGGCAAGACCAAUCCUUUGCGUGUCGGACAGGAGGUGCGCGAGACGACGCGCGUGCUCUCUGCGGAGGGGAAGGUGGUGCGCCGCACAGGCGAGGAGAUGAUUGUCGUGGGUGUUGAGAAGGAAUUUAGCAAUGAAGAUGGUCUUGCUGUGGUGGAUCGACGGAAUUGGGUAUUUCGCAAGGCGUUGACUGGCCCUCCUGCACCAUCACAAUCAUCACAAUCACCAUCUACGUCGUCUACAUCUACGUCUAAGUCUACGUCUACUUCUCCAUCAGCCUCGUCGACUGGUUCGAUUACAAGAACUCUCACACAAACAGACGUGACGCUCUUCCGGUUCUCCGCUCUGACCUUCAACGCGCACAAAAUCCACUACUCUAUUCCCUGGGCCCGAGAGGUCGAGGGACACCCCAACAUUGUCGUUCAUGGACCGUUGAACCUCAUCUGCAUCCUGGAUUUGUGGAGAGAUAGCCGUGACGACAGUCACGGCCCACAGGAUCUCGUUUUGCCUCAGGGUAUCUCGUACCGCGCCACGAGCCCAUUAUACGCCGGGGAGACAUACACCAUUGCCCUUGACGACGAGACGGGAAGAGUAAUCCAAAGAAGAGAACCCGAGUACAGUUCUCCUGCACAUCGUGCCGAUACCGCAAGUAAGGCAAACAGAACAGCAGAAGAAUCCAGAAAGAAGAAAUGGGAAUAUGGCAGCAGAGCUGAUGGUAUUAGACUUAAAUGUGAUCGCAUCUAUCCAUGUACACCAUGCCAACGACGUGGCGAACCAUCGGGUUGCGCGUACGUCGGUCGCGGACCUCGCGGUCGCCCGUUGCACUCGCCGAGCAGCAAUACCUCUCAUGUUCAGGAUCGGUUACAGCAUCUGGAGAAUCUAGUUCUCUCGCUGACGCAGCAGAAGGUGACGACAGAGCAGUCUGCUUCAAUAACUGACGGGUCCAUCUCGGGGUCCGGGGUACAGGGCAAGCAGUCGCAGUCGCAGUCACAGUCACCCGCCGAGUCGGUGCCGCAGGUUACGCCGCCUUCUUCGAGUGGCGAGGCGCCGGAGGCACAGGACAAGAUACCAUCUGAUGCGCCGGGGAAGCUUGUGGUUCGUGAAGAGGGGACGAGUUAUAUCGAUAGUGCGCACUGGCGGGCGAUCCUGGAAGAGAUUAAUGAAGUUAAAGAGUCUCUGCAAGAAAACUCCGAUUUCGAUGACGACGAGGACGAUGAUACAGGACCCUGCGGAAAGUCAGGCCCAUCUCUGCUUUUUGGAAUGGGGAAGGCCGUGACCCUCGAUGAACUGCUGGCGGACCUUCCCCCUCGACCAGUGGCAGAUCUGCUGGUCUCACAGUUCCUCAACUCGAUGGAACCCGCAGUAGUGGUUCUCCAUUUCCCGACGUUUCGUAAACAGUAUAAUCAAUUCUGGGAGAAUUCCUCUCAAGUCUCGCUGUCCUGGCUGGCGCUUUUAAACGCCAUCUUUACUCUGGCUGUGAUCCUCCUUCGUCGAAAGAGCAUACCCCUGCCGAACGCCCUGGGAUCCCAUGCCGAGGCGCUAUGUCUGUUCCGCAAAUGCGCCGUGCAGUGUCUGUACCAAUGCCGGUAUACCGCCCCGGGGAAACACAAGGUUGAGGCUCUGCUGUUCUACACCCUGGGCGUGUUCCUGGGCAGCAACGACGCCAAGGCAAACGUCUUGUAUCUGCUGCGGAUCACCAUCCAACUGGCCAUGCGCAUGGGUUACCACCGUGACCCGGAAUAUUACCCGGGUAUCUCGGCGCUAGACGGCGAGGUCCGCCGGCGUAUGUGGGCGGUGCUCUCGCAGCUGGACUCGCUCAUCUCCUACACUGCGGGCCUCCCCAAGAUGGUUCAGAGCUGGCAGUGCGACACACGCCCGCCCUCGAACCUCUUCGACGAGGACAUUGAUGAGAGUAUGGCGCGACUGCCGCUCCCCCGGCCGUGGAAUACGUGCACGCCCUUGAGCUAUACGAUCGCCAAAUCACGCAUUAUGGCGGUUUUCGGGCGCAUCUCCGACCUGGCCUUCUCACGACAACCCGUCGCAUACGAAGAAACGUUGGAGAUUGACCGCAGCCUCGAGGAGAGCCAUGACCUGGUGCCGGCGUUUUUCCAAAUCCGACCGAUAGCCGAGUGUAUCGGCGAGAAGCCGGAGGCCAUCUUGCGGCGUUGCACACUCGAGUUUCUCUAUCAAAAGGCCCGCUGCGUCCUGCACCGCCGCUAUAUGACUGAAGACAGAUCUAACCCGCGUUAUGCUUACUCGCGCCACGUCUGCACGGCUGCCGCAAUGGAGAUCCUCCGCCACCAGGCCGACAUAUUCCAGCAGUCUCAGCUGGGGGGCCCGCUCCACUUCGAAAGGCUUUUCAGCAACUCGAUCCAGAACCACGACUUCCUUCUUGCUGCCAUGAUAAUCUGCCUGGAGGUUUCGUUCACCCCACCGGGUAGCGUCCAGGAGCGCGCUGACCUGCUCGCUGCCCUGGAAAUGUCGCACCGGGUCUUCAACGACGCGCGGCAGCUCUCUGUGGACUCGCAGAAGGCAUACGACGCAUUGACAGUCAUGUUGCGCCGCACGAGAAAAGCGUUUACUGCGGAGACUAGUAAAGAUGGGACUGUGAAAACCUUGCCGACUGAUCUGACACUCCUUGAACCACUCAACCCUACCGAAUACACACAGAUGCUGGAAGACCCGGUCUCGUGGGGGUUGAUUGAGGGCAUGCUCGAUGCUCCAUCCAAUAUCAACUGGCAUCUAUGGGAUUACGAAAUGCAAGGACUCCAAGAUGAAGUAGGCGUGGAAUUUCCCGGCUUUGAACAGAGUAUAUAG